GGCAGUUAAGAUUAUAUUCUGCAGCAGUCGUGUACAAUGCUUCGUACAGUCUGGGUCUGGUGCUUGGUUUUCUUACAAAUGAGACAUGUCAUUAAUGAGACCAUAGAGAUGAACUACAUUGAGGACAACUACAUAGAGGACACUAUAGUCACUCCUUGCUACAUCGACAUGGGAUAUGUGGACAUGAACAAGUAUGGGGUGGAGGACCACACCAGGACAACAGAGAUGGAUCCUCACGACUACAUCAGGAUGAGGACAUCAGCACAACCAUCAGUCUCUAGCACUGGCAGGACACUCACUUCUCAGAGACCCUCAAAAACCAAGGGCAAGAAUUGGAAGACCAAGAAAAACCACUUUAUUUCCUGUGAUCAAAGAGGUCUACAACGGCACAAAAAGACGGAUGAGAUGGGACAACAAUGUGAAUAAGUUCAUAAUGUUCAACUAUUACUACGUGACCAGAAUGGAAACUGACAAGAACCAGUACAGGAGGAAACUGCGGGAGAAGUUUCUGGAAGCCUACCCGAACUUCCAGGGAGUGACAGAUCAGAGGGUUGCUGACCAAAAACGGUCGAUAAAGCAGAACCGGUUGCUUGACAUUCAAACUCUGAGAGAGAUCAAACGGGCGGCUAGGCAGCAGUUGGAGAAGGAGGGGAUUGUCGUUGAAAAUGAGGAAGACAGCAAGGAUAGUAGUUUCUAUGAUUAAUGAAAUCCGGUCAGGGUUGAACUUCUACAGAGAGCAUUUUACAGAUUAUCUGAGACAGCUCUUAAUGAGCACUGCUCAGAUUAAGUGUGAAAGAGGAUUUUAACAUCCUAAUUCCACCUGACUAAGUAAAACCUUAUUCAUUAAUCCAAUCUAGUUUUAAAAACAAAAACGAAAUCACACACAAAAACAUUUUUUUAGAGUUGUUAUACAUUUAUUUUUGUAUCAAAUUGUGAAAUGUCUGAAAAGUGUCAGUUGUUUUACAUACUGGUUAAAAAAUUCCAAAAGAUACCAAAUGUUUUGCAAUUUUUAUAAAAAUGCCAACAGUACUUUAUUCAUCGGAAUCCGUCAAUGCAUAAGCGAGCACGACCACUUUAAAGAUACUCUUGUAGAAGCCAAGAGCAACAAUCAACUGAUAACUCUCAGUAAUGACAUGUUUGGCUCUCCUGGCUUGUGCAAGCGUAUCUUUAAAGUGGUCGUGAUCGCUUAUGCAUUGACGGAUUCCGAUGAAUAAAGUACUGUUGACAUUUUUAUAAAAAUUGCUAAAUAGUUGGUAUCUUUAAAAAUUUUUAAAGCCAAUGUAAAACUGCUAAUACCUAUUAAAAGACCAAAUGAUUGCUGCUCACAGCUUUUGGGAGCAUACCUUUAAAGUGGUUGUGCUUACUUAUGCCUUGACGGAUUUCGUUGAAACUAAUACCGUUGGAAUUACAAUAAAAUUUUACAAAUAGUUGGUGUCUGGUUCAUUUUUUAUAACUAUACUGG